AUGGCCGAACUAGAUCGUAUACUGAGGCAAUACACCGACCCACACACAGGCGUCAUUCAUGGCGCAACUUUUGUAGCCGUCGACAACAAAGGCAAUGAUAUCUACCGCAAAUCGUUUGGCCAGCGCAAAGUCAACUCCAACAACGGACCAGCUCUUACGCCGGAUACAGUGACAUGGAUAGCGAGCUUAACAAAGCUCACCACUUCCGUGGCGGCAAUGCAGGUCGUCGAAAGGGGAUUGAUCGGGCUUGACGACGACGUGCGCAAGGUGAUUCCUCAACUGCAGAACUUGAAGGUUAUUUUGGGAUUUGAGGGCGAAGGUGACCAGGACCCAGAGAUCAAUGUCGACGCGCAGAAGGGAGGACCGAUAUUAGAGGACGUCAAGGGGCCGAUUACUCUGCGCCAAUUGUUGACGCAUUCAUCGGGAUUUUGCUAUGAUUUAAGGCACCCCCUCUUAGUCAAAUACUCCGAGUGGAUUGGCCGGCAGGAAAACAUGUUCUCUGGGACAAUCGAGGGGCUGUAUCACCCCCUCGUAUUCCAGCCAGGUACUUCCUGGCAAUAUGGGCCGGGGCUUGACUGGGUAGGUCAAGUCAUAGAGAAGCUGACAGGCAUGAACUAUGAUGAAUACCAACAGAUCAACAUCUGGGAGCCACUAGGCGCGAAAGACACAACGUUUUAUCCCGCCAAAUCUGGCGUUACCGAAGGGGAUAUCCAUGAGUUAGCAUUUCGCGCUGAAGGAGAAGGGCCACAGAACCUAAAAGCCGGAUCAUCGCCUUGGAAAUUCGCGUGUCGUGAUGCUCUCGGUGGGGCCGGUUUAUUUUCCACUGCCAAUGACUACAGCAAACUCCUGUCCGCAUUACUGACUGGUGGCGGGCCUUUGCUGAGUGAACCUUCCAUUGGUGAACUUUUCAGCCCACAAUUAGGCGUCAGCUCGAUGGCGGCUUUGCGAGAAUUUGUGAUUGGUGAAGGUCCCGAAGGGGGCAAAGCAUGGCUUUACACACAGUCUCCUGAGGAAUGGAAAGAUGUAAUGGAAAUCAGCCAUUGCUUGUGUGGACUUUCAAACGCUGAAGAUGUCGCUGGACGCAGGAGAAAAAAUACCAUUAACUGGGACGGAUUGCCGAACUUAGUCUGGUUCAUUGAUCGUGAGAGCGGUGUGGCCGCAACUCUCUUUACUCAAACCAUGCCAAUGGAUGAUCCGCCUCUCAGACAGCUUGUUCUAGACUUGGAAACUGCUCUUUACACAAUACUAGCAGAGAAUAACUCUGGAAAGUAG